AUGCGGACCUGGAGCCUCCUCGCCUUGGCCUUGGCUGGCCUCGUGCAGACCAACGCGUCUGACGAGACCAUGCUGCCUCACUCCAGUCCUUGCAAGGGCGGCGGUAUCAACCGUCAAAACGCUGCAGAGUGGCUCCGUACUGGGUUUCACGAUGGUGCCGACCACGACGCAGCGGCGGGAACCGGUGGCAUUGACAGUUCCAUUCAAUAUGAGACUGAGUACUCGGAGAACAGCGGUGUUGGCUUCUCCUCGGUCAUGACCCAGUACAAGUUCUACCGCCAGCAAGCCGUCAGCAUGGCGGACAUUAUCGCUCUUGGCGCUAUCGUGGCCGUUGGCUCGUGUGGUGGUCCCAUGGUUCCCUUCUACUACGGCCGUACGGACGCCAGUGCGGCUCACCCCAAGGGCUACACCCCAGACCCCGCCGACUCGGCUGCCACUCACAAGGAGACCUUUGCUCGAAUGGGCUUUAGCGAGACUGAAAUGAUUCAGCUCGUCGCAUGUGGGCACACUAUUGGCGGAGUCAAGGCUGCCAACCACCCCGAACUCACCACCACCGCCAACGCGCCGUUUGAUGAGACGAUUGCCAACUUUGACAACAAUGUCGCUGUGGGGUACAUGAACGAUACCCGCAUCAACCCCAUGGCCCAGCCGUACGACCCGUCUAACCCUGGAACUAGCAGUGACGCCCGUGUGUUCGCUAUCGACGGCAACGCCACCAUCAGCUCCAUGGCCGCUUCGAACGAUGCCUUCAACAACCAGUGCAACACCGCCUUGAGCAAACUCUUCAACAGCGCUGUCCCAUCGUCUGUUUCCCUCAAGGGCCCCAUUGUUCCGUUCCCCGUUUCCGGAACCCUCAGGAUGGCGCUGAGAAACGAAGUCUACACUGUCUCCAUCGGUUCGUUCCGUCUCUACGACAUGGUCGGUCAGUGGUCGUCGUUCACUAUUGGCUAUACCGAGCGCAGCGGUGUGGUCGGCACCGCUGGACUUGUCUCAGCAAAGACAUCGAACACUUACAGCAUUGGAAAGACCGUCGAGGUCAAGACAAUGACCACAGGCAUCACGAUCCCUGCUAGCACCGGUAUUGGGUCGAUUUUCGCCACUGUUACUCUCAACGACGGCACCGUCUACUCGUCCGCAGAGGGCGAGGAGUCGAUCACCAUGGACGACACUAUUAUUCUUGACUACGGUAACAAGUUUACGUGUGUGUACACGGGAACUGCAAAUGACAAUGGGACUGGCUUGAAUGUCACUGCUGCCGUGCUGGCUCCCUUUGACGCGUCGGACAAGGUCGACCUACUCCUCCGCACAUACGCCGGCGAGGUCACCACCAUCCGCAUGAGCUACAGGAGCGGCCGUGAGGAUGGCACUUAUAACUACUAUGGCGCCUUCGUCGCCGACACUGUCGGCCUCAACACCUACGCAAUUGGUGUUAAGCUGACGCGCGCGGACGGCAGCGUUCAUGUUGACACUCGCGACGAUGUCUACUGGACCCUCAACACGUUCAGCAAGUGCGUUGCCGGUGCCGAAGUGCCGACCCCCGCUCCCAUCCCUUCGGGUUCGAUCACGCGCCGCAACACCGUGCGCAAGCGUGUUGCUCAGACUGCCUGCCCCUCGGGCUACUCAUCCUGUGGCGGCAGGUGUGUCAACACAGCGUCUGACCUUGAGCACUGCGGUGGCUGUGCUGGUGACGGUGGUGUGGACUGUACCACCCUUAGCGACGGUGCCAUUGCGUGCAUCGCCGGUAAGUGUGUGGCCCAGGAGUAUUAA